CUACUCUUAGGAACUGGAGAGAGUUUAGCUGUUUAUGUUUUCACUGCCAGGCAGUCUCUGUCUUUGAAGAUAGACAUCACUGAGACUUGUGUGAGCUUGCUCGUACAGUAGGUUCCAAGUUUUUGAUCCAUCUCAACUUUCUUUUUCCAAACAUGGGGUGCUCCUCAUCCAGUGCACAGACUGUUGAUCAAGAGAAAAGACCAGGCACAAAGCCUGAGGAGAGCAACGGAGACACAGUGGUAGUCAGAAAUGGGAUCGUCCCAGAAGAUGCACAAACCAUCGAGGACCAGAUGCAGCUGCCUGUGCAGACUGCCUUACCAGAUGAUCUUCAGCCGGGUACUGAGGAUGAAGCAGAGGCUGUGUUAGAGGCCCUGGAGGCCCAGGAGGAUCUAGGAUCUGGGGAGGACCUCCUAACUGCUCCUGAGCCACAGCCAGAAAUUGCUGUUCAGCCAGAACCUGCUGUUCCUGAAGAGCCAGCUCUAGAGGUUGCAGUUUCUGCUCCAGUAGAAGCCUCUGCAGAGCCCGAGGCUGCUGUACAAGUGGUGGAAGCACUACCCCCAGUGGAGGAAGCAGCUGCUGUAGAAACUCUACUGGCAGAGGCCCCUCCUAAAGUUGAAGCCCCUGUCGAGGCUGCAGAGGAGGCCCCUGCUGUUGAAUCUGUUGAAGCUGUGCAAGCUGAAGCUCCUGUCGUUGUUGAGGAGGUGGUUGCUGUGCCACUUGUUGAACCUGUUGUAUCUGAGCCCGCAGAGACUCCAGUGGUUGUGGAAGAGGCUGCAGCUGAGGCCCCAGCUGAAGUGGCUGCACCUGUGGAGGCUACAGCUGACAGUUCUUCACCAGACACUGCCACCGCAACACCGAGUGAAGCUUCUGUACCAGAUGAAGCUUCAGCACCAAGUGAGCCUUCAGUACCAAGUGAACCUGCAGCACCAGCUGAACCCUCAUUGCCAGUUGAAACUGCACCGCUGUUAAUAGACACAGAGAUUGCUGCAGCAACUGUUCCAGAGAUGCCUCCAUUAUCUCCUGUCACAGCUGAUGCCAAAGCGGAGUCUCAGCCUGCUGCUGAGGAGGCAAAGGAACCCCCCACAGUCCCUGCUGAGACUGCUCCACCAGCAGAGGCUGAUUCUGCUGCUGCUGCUGCUGAGCCGGUCCAGAACGCAGAGGCUCCAGCACCCACGCCAGCUGUUUCAGAAACCACUGCAGAAGUAGCCCCAGAGGCUCCACCAGCAAGUGUUACCUCAGAGGCCCCUGUAGUCGAGCCUACCAUGGCAGAAUCUGAAGCCCCUUCGGCACCAGCCCCUGCUGCUGAUCCAGCUCCUGAGCCUUCACCAGAUGUGGCAUCUGCAAAUGAGGCCUCCCAGGAUACAGAGAGUGAGAAAGCCAAAAAGGAGGAUUGAGGAGAGACAGAAGACAUUCUCCAAAACAACUAAACUCCCAAAGACACAAGAUAAAGAUGAAGCAAAAGAAAACACACUAAAUUCUCAGUUUUGUCUCAUCAACACUCACCAAACUGUACAGCACAUAUGUUAAUAUUCACUGUGCCUUAAUAGCGUUUCAUUUAGGGAAGAUCAGGAUUUUUCCUGCAUUUGUAUAUAAACCUUUUGUGGAGGAGGAAGAGGAGGAGCUUUUCUACGGGACAUCAAGUGCCUGGAGCCACAUACCACACGUGUAGGCCUUUACACCAAAAGUGCUUUGAAAACACGUAGGACAGGUAACGCGUGACAAGAGUGUGCAAUACUUUGUGAAAUCUGUGAACUCUUGUUGUAGAGACUGUUAACUCUUUAGAGACUGGAGUGUGUUGACAUGUAGGGAAGGAUGCUUGCAGUAAAUCUUUUUAAAGUAGCUGCUUCUGAGGAAAACAAGCCAAACAUGACUGUGAAUAUAAUUAUGCAAAGAGCUCAGAGUGACAGGAGUAUGCAACUGGAAGGCUGAAUAACACACCGACUAGGGUCACACUUCUAGCUUUAUUGUACGUUUUCAUCUAUAUGAACCGAUCUUUAAAGACCAUGUUUUCACACAUGGAGUUUUAAGUUAAAUGUAAAUUCUGCCAUAAAACCACAUUUUUGUUUGUUGUUUACACACUAUUUAAUUGCAGUCUUUCCAAUAGGGCUCACUUAAUUAAUAGGAUUGACAGUACUAAGUGGUGAGUAACACAGUGUAAUAGUUUAAAAAGUAAUUUUUUAUAUCAUUUUCCUUGGUUUUUAUGGGAAAAAAAUCCUAAACAAAAUGUGUUUUUUAUUCUGUGUGAAGCAGAACAACUUAGAUAAUUGCAUGCAUAAGCAAAAGAUUAUUACUGACAAAAUAAACCAUUGCCAGGUUGAGCAUACAGAUGAUCCAAGUACUGGUAUGUCAUCUUGCUGUUCCACAAAGCCAUUUUGUACAGAUGUACUGUAGCUGGCAAGUGCUCAAAAAAUAGUCUUCCUGGAAAUAAACGUCUUUCCAACUAUAAAUACAAAGCCAUGGUGGGUUAACGCUGAUGUCAUUUGCUCGUAGGUUUUAGUUAAGGUGCAUUACAAACAUGUGUAGCACAGUGAAACAUUAGCUCUACAUGCUGUGUUAAAAAGUGCAAAGGAUUUAGAAAUGUAUUUUAAUUGCAUAGGAUGUGAUUGAUGUUGUGGGAACAAAUUUGUUUUGAUUUAUUUUUUUUUCCACCUGUUUCUUUCUCUGUAAUAUAUUCAUUCUCUGAACUUUGUCUAUGAUUCUGCUAACCUUUUAGUGUACAGAAUAAAGUUUUACUCACUAAUGCGC